CGCUAAGUUGCCGGCCGGCUCCUAUUGUGACUGGGCCGUUCGCGGCCGGGCGCGCGCUUCUGGGGGUUCCGCCGCUGCCGGCCUGGGCUGCCCACGUGACCAAGCAGCUGCGUGCGUGGGGCGGCGCUGCUCCCGCUGGCAAGCCUUGGCCUCGGCGGGCAGGCGCCGGAGUAGAAAGAAAAAGAAGGAGGAAGAUACAAAGUUUCCCGAAGGAGCAGCAGGAGGAGGCUGUCCCGGCCGGGGGUGCAGCCCGAGAAGGGACCCGCCUUGCCACAGGGGAAACGUUUGGGAAACCUUCAUAGCCUACAUUUUCCUAAGGAUUGGCAUCUUCCUCUUCCUCCUUAAGGCGUGAUGCCUCCUAAAAGGCAGGGGAAAAGCAACCUCCCAGUUCCCCUCCAAGAAGGAGUCAUACUGAGAGACACAGCAAAGAGGGAGUGGAGACUAGGCUCUUUGGUUGCGCAGGGAGGAUUUGGACUGAUCUACCUAGCUUCCCCCCGCCUUGAUGUUCCUGUAGACGACAGCGCAGAUCAUGUCAUUAAAGUGGAAUAUCUUGAAAAUGGACCCUUGUUUUCUGAGCUGAAAUUCUACCAGCGAGCUGCAAAACAAGAGGACCUUAAUAGAUGGAAGAAGGAGAAACAUCUAGCGUUUUUAGGGAUUCCUGUCUUCUAUGGAGCAGGCCAGGCUGAACACAAUGGCAAAAGUUACAGAUUUAUGGUGAUGGAGAGAUUAGGAGAGGACCUGCAAACCAUCUUUAAAAGGAAUGGAAAGCUUAACAAGGAAUCGGUUCUGCAGAUUGGGGCGCGAAUGCUGGAUGUCUUGGAAUAUAUACACAAAAAAGAAUAUGUUCACGGGGACAUUAAAGCAGCAAAUUUACUUUUGGGCUACAGGAAUCCACAUGAGGUUUAUCUUGCAGAUUAUGGACUCGCCUACAGAUAUUGUCCCUAUGGGAAACACAAAGAGUAUCUGGAAAAUCCUAAGAAGGGCCAUAAUGGGACGAUAGAGUUUACCAGCUUAGAUGCCCACAAGGGAGUCGCACCAUCCAGACGGGGAGACCUAGAAAUCCUUGGCUACUGUAUGCUCUACUGGUUGACUGGGAAACUACCCUGGGAGAAGAAUCUGGGGGACCCUAGAGCUGUCCAGGCUGCAAAAACAAAGCUCCUGGACGAACUCCCAGAUUCAGUGACAAGGUGUGCUCCUUCAGGGAUAGACUGUGGUGAAAUAGCCACAUUCUUGGAAAACGUGCGUGAUUUGCCAUACAGUGAAGAACCGAAAUACGAUGUGCUGAAGGAGAUCCUCUUGAGUAGCCUAGAACGCAGAGGAAUCCGUUACCAUGGCCCACUGGCUUUUACUGCUGCCCAAAGCACUCCGCGUGAAUAUGCUGCGAACCAGAGGAAAGCUGCUUUGCCAAAGCCAACACCGAUGCAAGUGAGAGACGUGAAGGAAAGCAAGCUGGAAAGCAAGGAACUUGCCUAUCGCCGAAAAGCCGCUGUGGGGAUAAAAAGCAGCCAAGCACAAGACCAGCGGAUUCAGGCUGGCCUGAACAAGCCUCUUCAGACUGAAGUGAAAGGUUAUGUACAGAUCAGAGACAGAAAAACGAAGGUUCCUCUUCCUCUCUCUGAAGUUUACCAGAGACCAGUCAGUGUGUGCUCACUUCCAGAGUGCUUGGACAAAAUCCAAUGCCCCACUCCCACAAAACACGUAGGGGCUGCACCAAAGGAAAGAACAGAACCACUCCACAAGACCUUCCAGAAAAUUGAAGAUCACUCCGUAGGGAAUGGAUUUGCAUAUUCACCAGUUGGUCAACAAAGCUGCUAUCAAACACGGACUAGCUCUUUUUCUGAUUGCAGUACUUCAUCACCUGUACUAAAUGAAGAUGGCUACUAUCAGAGUAGCUCUUCUGUUCCUAAUACUUCAUCACCUGUACUAAGUGAAGAAUUGAAACAAUACAUUAUAGCCAUAGCUGUUCUUAUUGUCUUCAUAUUCUUUGCUUGGUUUUUCCUUUGAGAUCACCUUCAUCAGGGGUUAGACUGCAGAAAUAUGUAGUAAGGGAUCCUUUGAAGUUUCAGAUUUUCUUUGUAGACAUUUUCAAUGUGAUUUGCUAGAAUAAUUUUUGCAAAGUAGAAAUGUAUUGUUAGAAUAUGAAAAAUAAAUUUCUUGAAUUUUGCUUACA